GGCGGCCGGCCGGGCCACGCGGGGCGGCGGCUGCUCGGGCAGGUCGGGGCAGGGCCGGGCCGGCCGGGCGGGCGGGCGGGGGCGGCGGCGGCGGGAGCCGAGCCCGGGCCCCGCGCCGGAGUCGGACGGGGACAGCGAGGCCCGCCCGCCCCGCGCCCUUCGCCCAGCGCCAGCCGGUGGGCGCCCCGAGCUCCGAGAGGCGCCGGGCAAGGCGCGCCGCAGCCGCAGCCGCAGCCGGAAAUCGGUCUCGCGCGGCGGCCCCCGAGCCGGAGCCGGAGCCGGAGCCGGAGCCGAGCCGGGCCGGGCCCGCGCGGCCAUGGCGGGGCCGCGGGGCGCGCUCCUGGCCUGGUGCCGCCGCCAGUGCGAGGGCUACCGCGGCGUGGAGAUCCGCGACCUGAGCAGCUCCUUCCGGGACGGCCUGGCUUUCUGCGCCAUCCUGCACCGCCACCGGCCCGACUUGCUAGAUUUCGAUUCACUUUCCAAAGAAAACAUCUUCGAGAAUAACCGUCUGGCCUUCGACGUGGCUGAGAGGGAGUUGGGGAUCCCCGCUCUGCUGGACCCCAGUGACAUGGUCUCCAUGCGCGUCCCCGACAGCCUCAGCAUCAUGACCUACGUGUCCCAGUAUUACAACCACUUUGCUGCCCCUGGCCAAGCUGGCGUGUCACCCCCCAGAAGGGACCCGGCAGCCUCCUCUCUGCCAGCUCUAGCGCCCCCUACAGAGCAUCCGGGAGAGGAGACUCAGGUCGAGCAGCUCUCCUCGGGCAGCCUGUCGGAGCAGGGCACCCACCGGACUCCCAGCAGCACCUGCGCGGCCUGCCGGCAGCACGUGCACCUGGUGCAGCGGUACCUGGUGGAGGGCAGGCUCUACCAUCGGCACUGCUUCCGGUGUCGGCAGUGUUCCAGCACCCUGCUCCCUGGGGCUUACAGGAGCGGGCCUGAGGAGGGCACCUUCGAGUGUGCAGAACACUGUGCCAGGCUGGGCCCAGGAGGACGACUGGGACCCAGGUCCGGGCCACCCACACAGCCAAGGCCGCCGCAGACCACUGAAGAGACCCAGGAUGGGGAGGCAGGCAGCCCCGGCACUUGCGUGGCUGCAGGGGCCGAAGCAGAUGAGCCCAAAGCCAGCCCUGAGGCCCGGCCCCAGAUCGCCGCCAAGCCCCGGGUUCCCAGCAAAUCCCAGGAGCUGACCAGCCCCCCAGCCGGCCGCCCCACGCCCGCCCCUAGGAAGGCGCCUGAGAGCCCAGCCCCGACGCCGCCGACGCCCCGGCCCCGGUCCAGCCUCCAGCAGGACGGCUCGGCGGAGCAGGCUGGCAGCAGUGGCCUUGUGAACGGAAGACUGCACGAGCCCCCUGUCCCCAGGCCGAGGGGGACACCCAAGCUGUCAGAGAGGACGCCGGCCCCCAGGAAGGACCCCCCCUGGAUCACACUGGUGCAGGCGGAGCCCAAGAAGAAGCCGGCACCCCUGCCCCCAAGCGGCAGCCCUGCACCACCAAGGCGCGGCGGCCAACAGGGGGAGAGCGGAGGUGUGGACGAGGUGGCCCAGCAGAGCCCUGCGGCUGCCCAGGAGCCCAAGCCCUACAACCCCUUUGAGGAGGACGAGGAGCAGGAGCAGGAGCAGGGGGAGGAGUCCUCGGCGGCCCCCAGCCCUGGCCCUGCCCACCCAGAGGCCACACCCAAGUCCUUGCAUCCCUGGUACGGCAUCACCCCCACCAGCAGCCCCAAGACCAAGAAGCGCCCUGCCCCGCGAGCGCCCAGCGCGUCCCCGCUCGCUCUGCACGCCUCCCGCCUCUCGCACUCGGAGCCCCCAUCGGCCACGCCAUCGCCCGCGCUCAGCGUGGAGAGCCUGUCGUCCGAGAGCUGCAGCCAGAGUGGCAGGGCCCAGCUGCUAGAGCCUCCGGCUGUGCCCAAGAGCUCCUCGGAGCCUGCCGUGCACGCCCCCGGCGCCCCUGGCAACUCCGCCAACCUCUCCGCCGACUCCUCCCUGUCUUCCUCUGGGGAGCUGGCACAGCCCAGCGUGGAGCAGACGCCACAGGCUGGCCCCAGCCUUGCCCCCAGGACGCGGGGCGGCCCAGGGCCCCAGCCAGCCAAGCCGAGCAGUGGCGUCACCCCCAGCCCCCUCUCAGUGGCAGGAGACAGGAGCCCUGCGCCUUCGCCUGGAACCUCGUCCCCCCAGCUGCAGCUCAAGUCUUCCUGCAAGGAGAAUCCUUUUAACCGGAAGCCAUCCCCUGCCGCGUCCCCAGCCACCAAGAAGGCCACCAAAGGAUCCAAGCCAGUGAGGCCACCUGCCCCGGGCCACGGCUUCCCACUCAUCAAACGCAAGGUGCAGGCUGACCAGCACAUCCCCGAGGAGGACAUCCACGGAGAGAUGGACACCAUCGAGCGCCAGCUGGAUGCCCUGGAGCACCGCGGGGUCGCGCUGGAGGAGAGGCUGCGCGGUGGCGGGAGCGAGGGCUGUGAGGACGACAUGCUGGUGGACUGGUUCAGGCUCAUCCACGAGAAGCACCUGCUGGUGCGGCGGGAGUCGGAGCUCAUCUACGUCUUCAAGCAGCAGCACCUGGAGCAGCGCCAGGCCGACGUGGAGUAUGAGCUCCGCUGCCUCCUCAACAAGCCGGAGAAGGACUGGACGGAGGAGGACCGGCUGCGGGAGAAGGUGCUGAUGCAGGAGCUUGUCACCCUCAUUGAGCAGCGCAACGCCAUCGUCAACUGCUUGGACGAGGACCGGCAGAGGGAGGAAGAGGAAGAUAAGAUGUUGGAAGCCAUGAUCAGGAAGAAAGAGUUCCAGAGGGAGGCGGAGCCCGAGAGCAGGAAGAAGGGGAAGUUCAAGACCAUGAAGGUGCUGAAGCUGCUAGGGAACAAGCGUGCCACCAAGAGCCAGGCCCCCGGCGACAGGAGCUAGCGGGCGGGAGCCGCCCCGUCAGCCGCCCCCGGGGAGAUGGCCCUGGGCGGGCAGCCUGCGGUGCGGCCUCCCCUCCUCAGGUCCGCCGGCUGGUCCCCGUUCUCCGCCGCGGGCAGCCGGGACUCAGCCCCGCCUCACUGGCCUCUGAGAACUGCACCCGCCCGGUCAGGAGCAGAGGCAGGGUGGGCGCGGGGCCCCGUCUCCCUGGCCAGCGCAGGCCCCCGCACCCCCUCGCUCGGGCGCGUUUGUGAAGUCUCUGGUUCGGCCUGAGUUAGCUGCCCGGUGGGCCGCGCUGUGGCAGGCAGGAGUGAGCCUGGCCCGCACGUGCCUCCUCUCCCCAGCUGCAGGGAAACCCGCUCCCCGCAGCGCAGGGCUGCAGGGCCGUGCUGGGGCAGGGGCUGCCCCGUUAACAACCCCGCGGGGAGCAGCGGGCCCUGGCCGCUACCGUGCUGACGUAGGUGCUAACCCUGGUCUGUCCUGUCGGCUGGCCCUCGCUUCGGCUUCCUCUUGUGCCCCCGGCCCAGCGAGAGGCACCUGUGGGGUCAUCGCUAGCCUGUCUCCUCUGGCGAGGGACUGCAGGCCACUCGGCCACCUGGAGGGCCGUGGGAGGGGAGGGGUCGUGGCCUUCCCGGGACAUGAGCCGCAGCUGUGCAUCCGAGCACUGUGCCCUAUGCUGUCGCCGGGAUGCCCCCGGGCCCCCAGCUGCCCUCUCUUCUGUGAGGACACCACGCCGAUGAACUGUCACUGGCCCUCACCAGGAAUCCACGGAGACCACUCAGGCCACGGCCACGCCUGCCCUCCUGCCUACCCCUGCCGCACCUCGUGGCCAGGUGUCCCAGGCUGCCCUGAAGGACCUGGGCCACGCUGGGGUGGUUUACCUAGAGCAGGGCGGGGGACCUGUGUGCGCCGAGGGCCACCUCGCUAUCGCUGGGUAUCGAGCCGUCGUUCGUGAGCCUACAAAAUGAUCAACUGAAAACAGA